GCUUGCCAGAGACUGUCUUCGACGUUCCCAUCGGCGGUGUACUGGCCGAAUACACAGGACUACAUCGAUGAGACCACAGCCAUCUACUCAACAUCAUGUAUCCUGUCCCCCAACUGCGUCUUUGAACCGUCCAGCGCAAACGACGUCAGCACGGCAGUCAAGAUCCUCCGGCAGACCAAGUCCAAGUUUGCCGUGCGCGCCGGGGGCCACAUGCCCGUGCCCGGCGCCCAAUCCACCCAGCCCGGCGUGCUGAUUGCCCUGUCCAAGCUCAAUCAAAAGACAUAUGCCAACGCCAACAAGACCGUGGCUAGCAUCGGUCCGGGUCAGACAUGGAUCGAAGUCUACCAAUGGGCCGCGACCUCCGGCCUCGCCGUGAACGGGGGCCGCUAUCCCACCGUCGGCGUCGGCGGCGUCCUCACCGGCGGCGGAAUCGGCUACUUCAGCAGCACCAAGGGCUGGGGUGUCGACACAGUCGUCGGAUUCGAAAUAGUCCUUGCCAACGGCCAGAUUGUCAACGCUACCUCCUCCGGUCCCCACUCCGACCUCUUCUGGGCCGUCCGCGGCGGGCACAACAACUACGGCAUUGUCACCCGCUUCGACCUCAAGACCUUCCCCGUCGGCCCGGCCUAUAUUGGUGGCGCCAUGUGGGACGCCACCGGCGCCACGGGCCAGUCGGUGCAGGACCAGUUUUUUGGUGCGUUGACGGAGUAUUUGAAGCCGGGAGGGGGCGUGGAUGAUCCGAAUGUUGCGACUAGCGCGAUUAUUGCCUUGUCGCCGGCGAAUUUGGACGCGGAGAAUCACCCGCCGGUGGAGUUGAUCAGUAUCCAGAUGGCGCCUGGUACCGAUGCCAAGCCAAGGGCGUUUGAGAAUUUUACCAAGAUUGAGGGGCCUACCGUGCAGGAACUGCCGGGGAGCGUGGUGCCCAGUUGGACGUUGCUUCCGCAGGCUUUGGCGCAGUUUGGGGAGAGGGGGAAGAGGCAUGUGUAUUGGUCCGUGAGCUUCAAGCCGGAUCCCAGGGCGGUGAUGAUUGCGAAUAGGACCGUGACGGAGCUGGCGUUUGGCAGGAUGAAUAAGGUCCGUGAUGCGGCGGUGGCGUUUACGUACCAGCCGGUGUCAAAGGAUUGGUUGGAGGCGUCGAGGGCCGCGGGGGGGAAUGUGCUGAAUUUGGAUCCGGCGGGGGGGACGUUUGUUGCCGGCCUCCUCGCCAUCACAUGGACCAACUUCUCCGACGACGACACGGUCUACCGGUUCUGCAAGGAAGUCGGCGAGACGAUUGAGCGCGAGACGCGCAAGCUGGGGCUCUACCACCCGUUUGUUUACCUCAACGACGCCCACCCCUGGCAGAAGCCGUUCCGCAGCUACGGUGGCAAUGUGCUGCACAGGCUCAAGGCCAUCCAGCACAAGUAUGACCCG